AUGCUGUGGGAAUCAAUGCGCAACAUCACGCUUCCCGAGUAUGAAGCACCAACAACAUACACUCGAGCUCUCAACAUUUCGGUCAUGUUGAGCACUCCUUUCAACUUGUUCGUCAUGUUUGUCAUUCUCCGCGCUCCUGGGCAAAUGAUCCAGGGAUAUCGAUACUUCAUCUUUGCGCUUCAGCUGGAGACCCUGAUCUUCGAGCUGUUCCUCGAGCUGUCCAUCCCGGAGUUGUACUACCCUCUGCAGGGUAUCGCACCACAUGGCGUCAUUAAAGACCUCAUCACUACGUAUCCAAGGGUGGCUUGGUUUAUCACCCUGUUCAUGCUCAGCAUUUUCUGGCUCACCGUUCUGCUUCUCCAUCUUUACAGAUAUCAACUGAUGCGGGUGAACAAGAUGCGAAAAGGUAUCUACUACUUUUGCAUGGUGAUGGGGAUUUUGCUCUGGGCAGCGUACAUGGUCAUCAACUUUUUCGUCUGGAGGGGUGUUAUCGUGACUCAAGUUACACCGGAGGGACUGCCCGAUGUGAAUGAAUAUAUUUAUAGAGCGUAUAUUAAGACCUAUCCCGGGGUCGCCCCAUUUGUACGCACGAUCCCUCCAACCGCCUUCUCGAGCAGUCGCGAGCCGUUCGACCUGUGGCUCGCUAAGGUUGAGCCCCUCGCUUCCUGUCACAUCCUGACGGCGUGCUACACGUUUGGAUUUGGGUCCGCGAUCAUUCUCCUGGUGGCGCUGACCUGCCUGGAAAUUAGCAAACACGCCCUCGUCAGCGUGCAAACCCGUCGUUCGCAGCGGAAUUUGACACUGAUUCUUUUUGCUCAGAUCACUAUCCCAUUCAUGUGUGUCAUCUUUCCGAUGGUAUCGAUGGCCGUCUCACUCCUCGAGGAGAGCUGGAUGCCCCAAUGGUGGACCAAUUUCCUGCUUUUCUGCGUCGCGCAACACGGGUUCGUUUCAUCAAUUGGCAUUCUGCUUUGCUACACGCCGCAUCGGACCUACGUGAAGUCAUUGUCCAAGACGUGGUUUCCAUGUUGCCGUGGCUCACCGGAAGCCAUUGCCAUCGGGUCGGAAUUUUUGUCGACCACUAUGAAUCAGGAAACGGCAAGGGAUGCAGCAGGGCAACAACGGGCUCAAGAAGAAGCCGUACGUGACGACGAUGCUCAAGGAAAU